CUUCCAAACCUCUCAACUGUCAACCUUCUUCCCCGCGCCCCCAUUUUCCCGCCACCUUCAGUAAACCCUAGCAAAAUCGCCAUUGACGGAGCUUCAAUCCAAUCCCAUGGUUCAAUUUCAUGAGCAUAUAAUCACAGAGCUUCUCGAGGACUCUAAUGGAGGCUUAGUAAUCAUCUCUUCAGGUCUUAAUCUCGCAAAACUCGUUUCCUCUCUCCUUUUCCUUCACUCUCCCUCUCAAGGCACUCUCCUUCUGGUCUCUCCCUCUUCUCACUCCCAACUUUCCCUUAAAUCCCAAAUUCUUUUCUACCUCAACCGUCAUCAAUCCGAUCCCCUAACUUUACCCUCUGAAAUCUCUGCCGAUCUCCCUGCCCACCACCGUCUUUCUCUCUACUCCUCGGGCUCUGCAUUUUUCGUCACUCCUCGUAUUCUUAUCGUUGAUCUUCUUACGCACAAGCUUCCCACCUCUAAUAUUGCUGGGCUUAUUAUUCUCAAUGCGCAUUCUCUAUCGGAAACGUCCACCGAAGCUUUCAUUGUCCGAAUCAUCCGUUCCCAUAACCGGAAUGCUUAUGUUCGAGUUUUUUCUGAUAAGCCACACGCGAUGGUUUCUGGGUUUGCCAAGGCGGAGCGGAUCAUGAAAUGCUUGUAUGUUCGGAGGUUGCAUUUGUGGCCGAGGUUUCAAGUUUAUGUUUCGGAGGAAUUGGAGAGGAAUCCACCAGAGGUGGUGGAUAUUAGAGUGCCAAUGACGAAGUACAUGGUGGGGAUACAAAAAGCUAUAAUUGAGGUUAUGGAUGCCUGCUUGAAGGAGAUGAGGAAGACUAAUAAAGUUGAUGUUGAGGAUUUGACUGUGGAGAAUGGGUUAUUCAAAUCAUUUGAUGAAAUUGUGAGGCGGCAAUUGGAUCCAAUUUGGCAUACGUUAGGGAAGAGGACGAAGCAGCUCGUGUCAGACUUGAAAACUUUGAGGAAAUUAUUGGAUUAUCUCGUUAGGUACGAUGCAGUGACUUUCUUGAAGUAUCUGGAUACUCUGAGGGUGUCUGAGAGCUUUAGAUCUGUUUGGAUAUUUGCAGAAUCGAGCUACAAGAUCUUUGACUAUGCCAAGAAACGGGUAUAUCGAUUUGUUAGAGCUGAUGGUUCAAAAAUAAUUGAGCAGGCUAAAGGUGUGGCGGGCAAAAGGCGAAAAUCGAAAGGAGAUGACGAUACUGAGGAAGAGGGUACGACUGGUAGAAUAGUUUUGAAUGAAGUUUUGGAAGAGGCUCCAAAGUGGAAGGUCUUACGUGAGAUUCUCGAAGAAAUAGAAGAGGAAAGACGGAAGAGGCUAUUUGAAGGAGAAGAGAAUCUGCUAGAAAGUGAUAAGGACAGCAGUGGCAUCGUUCUAGUGGCAUGCAAAGAUGAGCGCUCAUGCAUGCAGCUAGAAGAAUGCAUUAUGAACAGCCCGCAGAAGGUCCUACGAGGAGAAUGGGAAAAUUACUUACUGAACAAAAUACAGCUUCGUGACAUGAAACCACAGAAUAAAAAGAAGCACAAGCAUCCCAAAGGUUUUGGGGUUCUUGAUGGAGUUGUUCCCAUAACACCUGCACAAAAUGUUGAAGCUAGCAGCUUAAACAAACAAGAACGUAAUGCACUAUUAGCUGUGGCAUCAGAAAUAAGAAAUCGAGCAAAAAAUGAUUCUGCUGUUGAGGAGGAUCCACAAAAUGACAUAGAUGGUACAGAACAGGCAACCGGAAAGAGGAAAGGAAGGAGUAGAAAAGGUGUUUCCAAGACUAAUAAUUCUGUGGAUAGAAAACCUGUUGAUAAUCAGAAGGUAGCAAUUGAUGGUCACCAGCCUGAUGAUGAUAAUAGAGGACAUGCAAAGGGAAAGAGAAAACUACGGAGUAAAAAAGAUUCAGCAGAUGUUGGUGAUUCUAAUGAUUCUAAGGAUAAGAAUGUUGGCAAUCAGAAAGCAUCAAUAAAUGAUGAAGUUGAAGCAUGUGUAUUGGGUUGUGAAGAUCAGAUGAAUGAGGAAAAUCCAGUGGCUUUGGAUGGCUUUUCUGUAGCUACUUGCUCAGCUGCACCUUCAGAGCCAGGGGAAAGGAAGCAGGGAGAACAGACAAAGCUACUACCUCCAGUGCAAUUUUAUGCUCUUGAAAGUGAUCAACCUAUCCUAGACACGUUGGACCCUUCCAUUGUUAUUGUGUACCAUCCAGAUGUAACUUUUGUGAGGCAGAUAGAAGUCUAUAAAGCUGAGAAUCCAACCAAGCAUUUGAAGGUGUAUUUUCUUUUCUACGAUGAUUCUACUGAGGUACAAAAAUUUCAGGCAAGCAUCCGGAGAGAGAAUAGCGCAUUUGAAUCUUUGAUUAGACAAAAGUCACUGAUGAUGAUCCCAGUUGAUCAGAAUGGGUAUUGCUUAGGAUUAAAUUCUUCUGUAGAACCACAGCCUACAACACAGAACUCAACCAGAAAAGCUGGUGGAAGAAAGGAUGUGGAGAAAGAAAUGCAGGUUAUAGUGGACAUGAGGGAGUUCAUGAGUAGCCUUCCAAAUGUGCUCCACCAGAAAGGCAUGCGCAUAAUUCCUGUAACAUUAGAAGUUGGGGAUUAUAUUCUUUCACCCCAUAUAUGCGUUGAGAGAAAGAGUAUUCAGGAUCUCUUCAUGAGCUUUGCUUCUGGGCGCCUUUAUCAUCAAGUCGAGACAAUGGUGCGGUAUUACAGAAUACCUGUUCUCCUGAUUGAGUUCUCACAGGACAAAAGCUUCUCAUUUCAGUCUGCUAGUGAUAUUGGCGAUGAUGUGACACCAACAAAUGUCAUGUCUAAGCUUUCCCUUCUCGUUCUUCAUUUUCCUCGUCUUCGAAUACUUUGGUCUCGCAGUCUCCAUGCGACUGCUGAAAUAUUUGCAUCUCUGAAGGCAAACCAAGACGAACCUGAUGAAACCAAGGCUGUUAGAGUUGGGGUUCCUUCUGAGGAGGGCAUUGUCGAAAACGAUGUGAGAGCGGAAAAUUACAACACGUCAGCCGUGGAGUUUCUGAGGCGGCUUCCGGGUGUAACGGAUUCAAAUUACAGGGCAAUAAUGGAUGGAUGCAAAAGCUUAGCAGAACUCUCCCUUCUUCCCAUUGAGAAGCUUGCAUUAUUAAUGGGUGGUCAGCAAGCUGCUCGAACUCUCAGAGAUUUUCUUGAUGCAAAGUAUCCAACCUUAUUGUGAUUCAUUGAUUGAGGCCUAUUUAUUCUCCAAUCCAACUUCAAAUUUAUGAAGGAAAGCAGCUUUAUUUAAACCAUGAUUGAUGAAUUCUGCUGCUGUUGUAGAAUUGUGUUCAUUAUAAUUUUUCACCGAUUUUUAAUUGAUUAAAAGUAGGUUCUUACUCCAUUUGUAGAGUUAUUGUACCAUAUUCUUUCAUUGAUCUUUUGACUUUGUAGCUUUGAAUCUUCUUGUCCAGCUCCGAACGUGUGUGAUUAUUUAUGAAAGUUACUCUAUUUCGUCUGAAUCAAAA